AUGCAGUUUAGGAAGCGGGUUGUCACUUUGCUCGCCCUCAACAACCCUAGGGUGUCUUGUACCUUAGGCCUGGGCACGUCACUUCCAGGCCCCAUUAGCGCGAUAACAUCGCAGCAUGACAAGCUGGUGCACUUCUUUGCGUUUCUCGGGGAGUCCCUGCUGUUCGUGUUGAGUUUCCCUCGCGGCGAGUCCCUCCGCGUUCCAUUGCCGCAGUGGCUCGUGAGGAGGUGGCCCGCAGGGGAAGACCUGUCCCGUUCUCACACGCCAUCUCAAGAAUGGGACAAGUACGCUGUUGCCGCGGUGCUUUUUGCGCUAGUGGGGAGCAUCGCAAGCGAGUUUCUCCAGUUUGCAGUGACCCGUGGCCGCCGCAACUUCGACCCGAGGGAUAUGUGUGCUAACACGCUCGGGAGUCUUGUUGGGUUGCUCUUGGCACGCGGUGUCGAGACACUGUGA